CUCUCGGUCCUGCUAUCCCUAGGCAUCUACCCUACCGCUGACGGAAAGCAUAUCGCCUUGCCUUACUCUCCCCCGGGAAUCGUCCCGAAAAUUGACUUUCCCUUGUCAUGUCAUUGAGAAUAUUCCAGCCAACAUGAAGCGAUAUGUUCGCGGGAUCCUAGAUGCAGCGCAGACAGCCUUAGAUGCAAGGCUAAGCAAAGAGGCCGAAGCGGAACCAACUGAAACCGCGGAGAAAACAACCGGAAAGGAGCAAAAGAAAGCUGGAAUGGAACAGGAGAAAGCUAGAAGGCAGCGGGAGAAAACUGGAAAGGAGCAGGAGAAAGCCAAAAAGAAGCUGAAGAAGAAAGCUGAAAAAGAGCAGAGAAGAACGCGAAACAAGCAGAAGAAAGAUGCCGCAGCCAGAAAAACGUUUCCUACUGGUGGCCAGUCUACAGCGAUAAAUAGUUCUUGGAUACUUAGUCGGAAACUCGCUGAGAUUGACGGAAUAUACUCGCCAUUGUGGCGCAUUGUACCAGCCGACUACCGCUGUUACUUCUGGAAGGAAGAACUGAUUCGACGGCUGAGUUGUACUUCAUCGCACACGCAGGAUCCUACCGUUCUUCUUCAACUGCAAGAGAAACUGCGCACUCCCAAAUUUGAGAGCCUCCGCCGCCCGCUUCAGGAGUUUUUACUAUCCUCCCAGUGCAUCGUGGCCUGCAAGAGAGCUGUCGCUUUCGACGUUCUAUCAGACUUCCUCAAACGGAUGAGGUCGUCAGAGCUCUUGAGCAUCGAGGAUCGCUGGUACACGUACUGGGGUCGGGAGAUUCAGCAUUCGAACCAGCCUUAUUUCGCUAUGUCCUACGAGAUUGUAACCUGCGUCCGGAAUGUGCGAAAGAAUACGACUGCACGUGAUUUUCCAGGGCCUUUCAGCGAGAGUCUCCACAAGCUUCUUUCUCGAUUGGAGCAUAUUCAGGAUAUCUCUAACGAACCGGGAGAAUUGGUUCACUCGGCAUCGGUACUAUCGGUUUACGAAGAGCUGGUUAUCCUAUUGCUAUUUCUGUCGCGACCUGAGGAAUUUGUGCUCCCCAAAUCCUGGACCGUGCUGCACUCGUCCUUGCCUCUCCUUGCGAAGAUCCCGAGAUUUAUGUCGGAGCGCGAGACGUUCUGGUACCAAAGCCUUUUGACCAGGGUGAUCGCCCUGCUGUGCAGACUCAUAUGCCGUGUCGAAACAGAAGCACCUACUUUAUCGGCAGAUGGACUGGCUCACCGCGCCGUCUUGAUCAUCAUAAUCGCCAUCAUCAAUCUGGGGGACUUGAAGCCACUUCCGAUCGGUUACCGUCGAAUGUGGGACGCCACACAAAAGGUGUUUGAUCUCGGAAGUUUGCGUCCACACGCCAGCUUCUUCCAGAACUCUCCGCCAGGCCAGCUCCUGCAGGUAUUGAGUGACGAGUUCGCAGCAUCUACAGGAUACGCCGGCAAAGACCACCUGCAGGUGGUCGUGACGGACGGCAGCACGUGUUCUAUGCCGUUGCCGGCGGUCUACCUGGGCCUCUCGAAACCACUUGCAAAGCGCCCCGAGCCCAAUCGGCGGGAAUCGCAUGCUUCGAUCCUCGUGAGGGAAAGGAUGAAGGCGGCGUACACGCAUGUUGUCAAUUAUAAUUGGCGGAUGCAAAGCUGUGAGGAGCUUGGCUAGUGGGAUGCAGAUAAUGAUGAAAUGAGUGGCGUCCUACGAUGGGGAGGGGGGAUUGUGUCGGAGCUCUACUGGGAUUUGUUUCAUUUCCAUGCUGUAUGAAAUAUCAAAGAGAAAGUUACGCAAUAACCGUG